UUCGUGCUGUGUCUCUGGCUGUUUACUUUCUUUCCCUUCGCGCGGCCGCAACGCCCAACCUGCCACCUUUUGCGGCAGCCGCCGCCCUCUGUUGUUGUACCGGGUGGAAUUUCUCGUGCGUGCCCCGUCAUCUUCCAGUGCGUCCCCAAAUGUCUGCCAUGACCUGUCAGCCACAAGGGGCUUGCCUAAUGGAUACGGAUUUUGUAGUGUUGGCGCAGCUAGUCCCCACAGAGGUAGACCACCAUGGCUAGUCCACGAACGAGAAGGGUCUUACAAGACCUGAAGCCUCGAGAUUCAAACAAUAAAUGCUUCGAGUGUGGAGCGCACAACCCACAGUGGGUCAGUGUCACCUAUGGCAUUUGGAUCUGCCUGGAAUGCUCUGGAAAGCACCGGGGUCUGGGCGUACACCUCAGUUUCGUGCGGUCCAUCACGAUGGACAAGUGGAAAGACCUGGAACUGGAGAAGAUGCGCGUGGGCGGCAACGACAAGGCGCGUCGCUUCCUUGAGGCCCAGCUGGACUGGGAUCCCACCGCGCCCCUGGCCCAGCGCUAUGACUCCAAGGCUGCUGCGCUCUACAGGGACAAGAUUGCAACAGAGGCCCAGGGCAAGACUUGGUCAGCCGAGACGUCAUCUGGACGGCACCACGUGACACGCACGUUCCCCAAAAGCAGCUCGGGUCCCGACCUUAAGCAGAGCUUCGGCACGGGGUCGUCGCGCUUUGAUGACUCGGGCAGUCGGCCCGAGGACUGGAGUGGAAGCUACCAGAGCUACAACUUCAACUCGGAGCAGAUAGCCUCGCACAGGGAUGACUUCUUUUCCCGGGUCCAAGCAAAGAAUGCCACACGGCCAGAUGACUUGCCACCCAGCCAAGGUGGACGCUACAGCGGGUUCGGCAACACGGUCUCAGAGCCACCACGCAGCCAGUCGCAGGAGUUAUUUGACGGUGCCUGGUCAUCCUUCAGCACGGGAUUUGCCACAUUCGCAGCUGGAGCGACAAAGGUGGCAUCGAAGGCAUCGGAAAACGCUGUCAAGAUUGGUAGCAUAGCAGCUCAGAAGGCAGCCGAGCUCUCCGGUGCCGUCAGCGAAAAGUUGCAGACCCUAUCGGCACGCUGCACGUCGCAAGUGAAAGACGGCACACUCAUCAAUGACCUGCAGAGCCAGGUCACCACCAUUGGCACCAAGGUGGUAGACGUCAGUCGGCGCGGAGUGCAAGACCUUUCGACGCUGUUUGCUCAAAAGGCCACCACAUUGGAGACGGCCGAGGGUGCCCCCAGCGAGAAGUCCUCUCUCCUCUUCGCUUCUUCCUCCUCGCCCUCGUCACGUGACAGGAACGAGAAUCCCGACUGCAGCGACACUCCGCUGCUUCAGCAGCAUGACCGGCCGUUCAGCCCCGAACGAGAAGAGGACGGCUGGAACUGGUCAGGUGCCAACAGUGGCGCUAGUUCUCCUGCAAAGCCCACAAACCACGAGAACAAUGACAACUGGAAUGACUGGGAGGCUGGCGAUGCUUGGGAGCCCGUGACAACUGCAUCGUCGCCACCACAGAAGUCGUCCAAGGCAAAGCCAUCUGCAUCCAAGAGUUCGUCUUCGACAAAACAGGGCUCCAGCAAAAGCUCGUCGGCCAAGUCACCCACGUCAAAGCUCUCACCAACAAAGUCACUCUCGUCCAAGAAGAAGGCCGGUGACGAGAAGCUCCUCAUAGACUUCGGCGAAGAGUCGUCGGGGAAGGGCGGUGGCUCGUCAGCGAACCACGACUGGGAUUCCGGAUGGGAUGACGACAACGGCUGGGAACAGCUGGAUUCGUCUUCUGGCUCCAAAGGGUAUCAGCGUAUCAGCACCAAGGCAGAUUGAUGGCGUGAUUGCACUGUGCUACACGUUGUCGGUGCAUUGCACUGCCGACAAUGGAUGGUGAACUGGACUGUGGGUGUGUGCAAAGUCGAUGGGAACGAGUGACAACACGAGUCUCGUUGUGCCGGUGGUGCUGUGCGGCAAUUCUCUGCUGCAAACAACUGGAGUGCUAGGAGUGGGGGGGGGGGAGGAGGAGUGAUGCCGUCGUCUGCCAAUGCCAAGACGUCUGUUUUUGAGGUUCAAGCGUGCAUGGUGGUUCCUCAUUGUGGUUGGUCUCUGCAGCAUGGUUCCCGCCGAACACAUUUGGCUCUGGUUUGCCUGUAUGGCUGCGCAGCGCAGGGCAUUUGUUGGGCUGUGCAAAGUAACGGUGGCCACUCUAUAUGCCUAGUAAACUUGCAAUUGUGAUGUCUCUCACCUCGUGGCUAGGUUUUCAAGUUUGUGACCGUGUGGCUGCUUGAAUGAGCUGAUUAUUAAUUUUUUUUUUUUUCUUAUUAGCAACUGCCCAUAUGAAGGUGAGCAUUCGUGCAGUAACAGUACUCAGAGAAGCUGCCACGAUUCCAUGCUUUUUAAAUUGUCCAUUCUUGCUUCUCUUAAAUUCUUGUUGUGAAGCCGCAAGUAACACUGCGUAUCUAUGCAGCAGUGUUGUCUGUGCUUGGCUUGGCGUGCGGAAGGCCGGCAGCAAGCUUUCAUGUUUCAGCCUAGCCAUAUGACAGCUAAAGGUUACCUAGUACUGCUUGUAAUUUAGUGGCUGGAGGACAAAGAACAUUGCAGAUAACUCUUUAGUGGGAGCAGGUGAGAAUGAGUGCAGCGUAUUUUCAGCUCUGGUAUUCUUGCUUUUGUAAUGCAUUUUUUAAAGUCCACAGCAUUUUUCUAGCUUCUGUAACUGCAUCCCAAGCUUGCUUUUGCAAUGUUAAGGUCGAUCAUCUCAAAUGUCUUUCAUUUCAUAUGCCCCCUGAUUUACCAGCUUUUUCUUUUCUUUUUUUUUUUCUGGCAUGCUGAUUAAAAAUGGUUGCCCUGUCACUCUGUUGUGUUUCAGCCUCUGCUUUCCAAUCUGCUAAUCAUCUGCACUGAGAUAAUGAAAAUUGUUGUCGAUCACCUCAACCAUCGUAACCAACAGCUAGCCCGCAAUGCUAUCCCAUGCUGACUUUGAUACAUACUGCCAAGGGUCCAAGAAUUUUCAUAUAGCAUGGCUGCAUUCAUUAUUCCACCAAACGAACUUACUUUUUUUUUUCCUGAAAUAAUUGCAGAACAGUAUUGUUAUAUAUUUCCCAUUCGGCCUUGUCAUUCUGGCAGACAAAGAAAGCAUUUUUCAGCAUGCAGAAAGGUUGGGAGAUUACGUGGCAUGGUGCAAGGUCAUUUGAAGUUUUGUGGAUUGACGUGGAACAAGAAUAUGCAGGCACUGCACAUCUGUGUUCGUGGAUCUAGUCCAGACAAGACCUUGCCAAGUGGCAAAUUUCAAUUCUUUGAAAGCACCAUUCAAAUCGGUUACACCUUGGCUUGCUUGCACCUCGAAAACAUCUGGCUUGAUGUACAGCUAUAUAUGUAUUUUUUACGAGCAGGAACUGUUCUUGCAAUCAGACUUUGCAAGUGUGUGGAUAACGAGUGUUGUCUGUAAGGGCACCUUGUAUAAAAUGACUCCUGGCUAAGGUGCUGGUUCGUUGACACUCUAAUUUUUUGCAGGGGUGGCAUUUUACGUUGCUUGCAUAGAGCAGGUGGUUCCACUGUUCCUCGCGCUUGGAACCCACUUUUUCGGUUUUUCGUCGCUGCCAAUGACAUGCAUGUUUGAUACAUUCCAACAGCAUGUAGGACAUCCAGACACUAUAUGAAGCCCACGAUGCCCAGUGUAUCAUUUUGGAUACGCAGAGUUCGGUACCUCAAUAUUCUGAAUUAAGUAUAGAAAACUUAAAGCAAAACCCAUUGGGGCGCCAGGACAAUCCCCUCAAAAACUGGUUAGCUGGGCACCCGUCUGGUGUCCCUAGUGGUAGACCUCUGUUUUUUUUUAUUUUAUUUUUUUUCUCUAGGAGGGUAGGGGGGUGGGGGGCAAGAGCCUAUAGCAGCGUCUUUCUAGGUUGCAGCCCCACUUGGCCACGCUCCUGCAUCAUGCUUGGGCUCCUCAAGUCAUGCGCUCGGGAGAAUAAAACAUCAGUUCUUUCUUGCUUUCUAUUCCGGACGGUCGUCUACCUAUAGACCUAAACCACGACACGUCCCAUGGCCUCUUUUAAUCCCUAUACGUUUGGAUAAGCCGGAGCUAAGUUUUAGUUUUUGCUAGCUCAUAAAACCAAUUACUAUUUAAUUAAUUACUAUACUAAUAAAUUUUAACUCAAAAUACUUUUUUGUACAAGUAAGUGCACUCUCCAUGGCCAGAAAUAAAGGCGAACAAGUUGUUCUAAGUUUCCAUGAUGUGGAAUUGUUUUCGAGCUUUUUGGGGUUAAACACAAUGUUUCAUUAUUUAAACGAAACAUACAACGUACAAUGCCACCUCUGUGCAAAGUUGGAGUCUAAAUCAGUGGGCAGUUAAGAACCAUUUAUGGCAGGCUUGCUUCUAGAGGCAACAUCAAAUAUUCACAAUGCUGCUGUUGCUCUGCUGGCGAUGUCUUGAGGUCCCCCGAGUGAGCAGUACUUGCAGUAUUUGCUGUUUCCAGCAUGGACUGGUGCAUCGUUCAUCAAGACAUAGUUGAUUUUAGAGUCUGAUGGUGACGUUGCUUCUUUUUUUGAGAGGUUCAGUGCUCACCUGUAGAUUCACACUUGCAGACUGCCGUUUCUAGUUCUGGCUCACAUUCCCCGCUUGUAGCCUUCAUCUUCAACCAUGUGAUUUUGUUUAGCUGGUGAUGUUGUUGUAAAGUGGAGAGUUGUCAUUUUCAAUUGAGUGUUCUUUUUUUUUUUUUUUUGCCUUGGUGAAGUGCUUGUGCUGGUUACAGCUGACUGAUUGUUGCCAAUUAUUAUAGCACUGCGAGUAAUUGUAGCCAGACACUUGCAUACUUUCCAAAUUACCUUUUCAUUUUGUGUCGGCACACUUGUCGGCCAGGAAAACUUUACUGGAUGGAUUCAUUAGACUAGGACCUUUGAAGCAGUUUAUUUUCAUGAUACCAGAGAUCAUUAACGUAAGAAAUUGGAGCAGCAGACUACGCAGGCACUGAAGGAAGAACUGUCAAAAGAAUCGAGCAGUGAGAAUGAUGUGGUAGUUGACACAAGUAAUAAAAUCAAUUGCCAGGUAUUGUUGCAGCUGCCUAGUUUUGAAGCGGUUCUGUGCUUGCAGGUUACAAUGUCUUAAUGGCCAAAGAGACUUGUUGGCGAGGGAAAGUUAUUUGUCAGAAAGUUAUCUGCCGGAGCUCUGGCACUGUUGUGUGGUGAGGUAGGUCGGCUGGGAAUGUGUACUCAACCCGCAUUUUAAUGAUCAGAUAGGAGACGUUCGUUCCCUCUUGUCUUCGAAUAUCAAAGUUGUGGCCCAAACUGUCCAGCUCACAAGGGCCUUGGCUGCCCGAGCACGUUCGUAACUGUGAUCGUGCCAACUGCGAGGAGGCUUCUAUUUUUUUUUUUUUUCUUCCACGUGGACAGCUAGUUGUAAAUGUCUUCACGAUCACUGUCUUCUCCUAGCCUCGUGGCAGAAGAGGAAAUGCGGCAAUAUCGUCUUUUUACUCCCUUCGCUUCUACGAGAAGGCAAGGCAUCUUUUAGGUCUUGUCGGAACUCUUAUGAAACGUGGCAGACCACCACAUCUUGCUGGGCAUAUCUUAGGAGUCUAGCUUUGGAUGUUAAAACUGUUUUGCGGGGAUCACGGUCUGCGGAGAGAAGCAGCCAAUGUCUAGAAGAUUGCGAGUGCUCGUGGCAUAUGCUGAUGUACCAGGCGAGCGCUCUUCAAGUCCAACUCGCAGCAUCAAAUCUGUGUUUGCAAGUGCAACUUGUCAUGUUAUAGCCAUUACCAGAGGAAUGCUAUAUUUGGGCCUGUCCAUUUGAACGUAACAUGAAAUUUGGCACUGGCUGUUGCUCAGAGAGACUUUGCCUUGGAGUGCUUGUAACCAAAAGUGGGCAGCAUCGCUUAAUUUUCUGCUAGAAAAACUGCAUAAAAGGAUCGCACUGUCUUUCGUUUUCUCACUUGCCAAUUUUCCCCCAAAACGUGGGACCAGUUGUGAAGUGGUGCAUUCUUUACCAAAAGUAUGGAGGCCGCUGCCACUUGUAUACCUAUUGUUGCCACCAAAACAUGUCGCGACCCCUGUGGUUAUAUAAAGCUUUCGAGAGUGUACAGCGGUCUUUUCCUUUUCUCAGCAAAGUAAUUGGAGCACAGAUUUCGUCACCAUCUAGAGACUGUUUAAUUUAGAGCUUGGGUGCUGCCAUAUUGGUCGUCUAAUGCCCAAGGUUUUUGUGCCAUAAGGGUUUGUGUACAGUCUGCAUGUUUGCAUUCAAGUGCACAUUACGAUAGGAUAUGGCAGUGCCCCAAAAGUCUUUAAAACCUGAUGUCUAACCCCAUUGUUAGAUGGGAGGGCAAGGGUACAGAGGGUUCCUUUGGCAUUUGUUGGUAACCACUAGGGCUUCCCCGACGCUGAACAGUUUGAAAACUUGUGCCAGAUAACCGAAAUAGGCAGAGAAGAUAUUGCACAAAAGCAUAGUAGAAGACCCGCUUGCAUCUGGCAAAGACUACACGUAGGUUGCGCUCGACAAGGCUUUUGGGAAAAAAUGCCUUCACAGUCCUGACUUUGUUGGCUAUUAAAACCAAAGCUUGCCUUGCCACGUCUUGGUACAGCACUUUUAAAACCAUGUUAAUUUUAGACGUUCGAUAAAGUUUGUGGCUUCAUUUCUUUCAAAGAAAGCAGAAUCGAAAAUACCAAUGCAUGCUGCAAAUGCAGCCACUUCUACGGUGAGAAGAUACCAGUGUUCUUAUUGUUAUACUAAGCUUUCGUUAUUCUUUGGCCUGCAGUGCAACUGUCUGAAAAGAAUGCAAAAUUGAAGCAUUUUGUGCUUGUUGCAAACUGAUGAACCAUGCAUCUUGGACUGUUGACGUUCAUUAAGCCCACUGUGUUUUUGUUAGUCCUUUUUUCUUCUGCUCGUUGGGCCACAUCUUGUUUACUUUUAUUUUAGCCCUCCGCCCUGGCCGUCGACGUUUCACGAGCUUUGUAAGAUCAGCGUUGUUGCUGAUCCUGUUGACGCCAUAAUAAAGUGAAAAUGAAUGCGUAUAUUAUAUAUACACGAAAGGA